AUGCCAGAACAAAGUAACGACUAUCGAGUUGUUGUUUUUGGAGCUGGGGGUGUUGGGAAAAGCUCUCUGGUCCUACGUUUUGUAAAAGGGACUUUCCGUGAUACAUACAUCCCCACAAUUGAGGACACAUAUCGUCAAGUGAUUAGCUGUGAUAAAAGUGUGUGCACCUUGCAGAUCACAGACACAACUGGGAGUCAUCAGUUUCCAGCCAUGCAACGACUCUCAAUUUCAAAAGGCCAUGCCUUUAUUUUGGUUUUCUCUGUCACAAGCAAACAAUCCAUUGAGGAGCUGAAGCCAAUUUAUCAGCAAAUUCUGCAAAUCAAAGGGAGCAUAGAAAGCAUCCCUGUCAUGUUGGUGGGAAACAAAUGUGAUGAGAAUCAGCGUGAGGUGGAGACAAAAGAAGUGGAGGCCUUGGCUAAGGAAUGGAAAUGUGCCUUUAUGGAGACAUCAGCCAAGAUGAACUACAAUGUGAAGGAACUUUUCCAAGAGCUGCUAAACCUGGAAAAAAAAAGAAACAUGAGUCUAAAUAUUGAUGGAAAGAGGUCAAGCAAGCAGAAGAGGGCAGACAAAAUUAAGGGAAAGUGUAGUGUCAUGUAG